CACCGCUAUCCUGAUCCCCUUCGACGGAUCCCAAUAGUAACCAGUACACACAAGUGGCACCCUGGCCUAUUUAUCAUCUCGUAUAAGAAGCGAGGUCAACGUUUCCACCAAACCAUUUCAAUUCGAAUUUUCAGCCCGGUUGCUUUAUGAUUUUUCUCUUCCUUUCCUAAGAUGCGAUCGAGGAUUUUAAAUUUAUUCCUUAUUGUUUUAAUAACCGGCGCGGAGAGUGACAGGGACAAUGUGGCAAAAUGGUCGGUCGGUUUCAAGUUUUUAUUGAAAAAUUGUCCCCUCGUCCCUUGGAAGGAUCCGGGGCAGCAGGGAUUUUUAGAAGCACUUAAAAAUUGCUUACAGCGUCGAGUUUUAAUUGCCGUUAAUGCCUUCUUUGAUGAAGAUAUUAUUCCAAUUUUCGAUGGAAUUGACCUGGUUCGUCUCAUCAAAACUUUUCAUUCCUUCGAUAGCGACGAGCUUAGCAGUAAUAAAAUUAGCACUGACCAAAGAAGCAGUGAUUCGAAUUCAUGGGCAGAUUUGACAGAUCGGAUUUUUCAAAAUCGCUAUCUGAAACUUGAUCUCGGACAUUUGACGAACCUUGAUGGCAACCUUGAUGGUAACCUUGAUGACAACGCAGUGAAUCGUCAUUCAAAAUCAAACGACUUGGUCGAAGGAAGAAGACGCCGACGUAAGCAGGGAAUGAUGAUGAUGCUGAUGAUGGGCCUCCUGCUGAUGGGGACGGUGCUGAUUCCGAUGGGCUUCCAGUUCCUGGCGGUUUUGGGCGGAAAGGCGCUCCUGCUGGCCAAAAUGGCAUUGAUGCUGUCGAGCAUUCAGGGUCUGAAGAGAGUCGCAACAAGCGGAGUCAACUAUGGACUCCAUUACUCGCCGGAAGCCUGGCACGAGAGAAGUGAACCUUCGGACCAAGUUUACGAAGUUCCUUAUCAACCUUAUCCACUCAUGAGUGGACGUCAUUAACAAACAAUAUACCUCGAAGAGAGCAGUGAACGCUUCAUGCUUCAAGCUUUAUGUCCGAGUUAGACUCUAUUUUUCAGAGUUGCAUUUGUAAAUUAUUCGCGUACCAACCAAAGACAAAAUGCUAUUUUAGUAGUGCAAAAGUGAAAGUGUUUUUUUGUAUAAAAUUAAUAUAUAUAAAAAAUGUAUGUGUAAGUUAAAUUAACUGUAAUGCAAUAAUUGAUUCAAAUACAAAACUACUUUUGUGUUUUACAAAAUGUUUCUCACGCGCAUAAAGAUGCAAACAUUCAAAAACAAUGCUUCUUAAUAAUUUAUCAUCGUAUUUUCUUAGCGCGAUCUUAUCUUCAUGAUGACGCUUCAAAAGAUACAAACUGGAAAUUUUCCGUCCAAGUAAAAGAAAAAAAAAAAAAAACAAAAGUUCAAGUCAAUCUUCCCUUCAAUAGUUUUUCUCCCCAAGUUUAUUUAUCUCCCGUGUCGCCGUGUCACAAGUGACGGGCUUGAAUAUUCUUUCUUUUUUUGUAGGAAAAAAAGAAAAUGAAUUGUACAAUUUGUUAAGUGACGAUAAUAUUCUUUGCGAGGGAUCAAUCUGAAAACAGUGAGAGAGAAAGAAAUUACAUUCAUUUCUUUGAGGCGAGAGUUUAUUAAAAAGUUUUGGAUCAUUGUCCUUGGAAUGGAGCGAGAGAAAAACUUUUAUGACGUCGCCUUUUGAAAACUUCAAUGCCACCCACUAAUCGAAUUGAUUUAGCCAAGUUUACCAUAAGGGACGAGGAAGCAGGUGUGCUUCUUGCUUCUUUGGUUGGAUUAAAUAUGCGAAUCGCCUCAAGCGACAACAGUGAAAAGGACAUCAAUUUUCCUAAAAUAAUAUUUUAUUUCCAGAAUUGUAGAUUUUUGAUUAAGUUACUGUUUUUCUUUUAUUCACCUCAAGCAGGAGAUGAUAGAAUUCAAAAGUGCAGACGCAGAUUAUCUGAAUAAAUAAAGUAUUAAUAAAAGUCAAUUGUAUUAUGCAAGUAAAAUGAAUAAAAGAAUUUUUGAAAUGGACAAUAAUUAUUGAAGAAACAAAUAUUUGAAAACUGUGCCAUAAUCAUGCCAUAAUGUAAUUAAAGUGAAAAAACCCCCGGCCCGGCCCGGCGCGGCGCGGCUUAUGCUUUUGCUACUGUUUUAGAUAACAGAUGACAAACUAACAAAGAGCAAAUCAGGCAGAUGAAUUUAUUGGCUCUAAAAUACCGUUGGUAGAAAAAAUAAGAGACUAGAUACAUACAACAAAUCAACCGGAUAAGUUUAUUAGUUCUGACAAUACUAGAUGAUAAAAUAAUUCAGUGCUACAUUGUUAAUAAUAUACAAAAAAUAUACAAAUUAGUUGCACAAUAUUUAUAAAUAAUUUCCUUAUUUUAUUUUUUCAAUUAAUUUUUACCAAACAGACGUCUAUGGGAAUGAAAUGAAUUUACUUUGUGUAGCUAUAUAAAUUUGUAAAUAAAAACACAUUGUUUUUCUAAAGAAAUUAAAAAAAGGCGGCUAUAUUCGAUUUAAUGGGUUACGAAUUUGAUGGUCGCAUAAAAUUAGGAGAUUAAAGCGAGAGCGCUUUUGAUCACACAAAUCUUCCUCACAAGGGGUGUUGGAAAUCGAUUUUACGAUUGUUUGCAUUUGAUGCAGCGUAACAUUGGGAAUUUAAAUUUAUAUAUAAAAGUUUCUCUCGACAUAUUAAAAUUAUUUUUUCUCUUUUUACCUUAAAAAAGUAGUAUAAAUAUUUUCUAAAAAAAUAUAAUUAU